AUGGCCUUGUCGCAUGGAGCAUCGCACACCAAGACCAAAGGUGCUCCGGACUAUGACGAUCCCGAGUUCUGGGACGUCAAGUUCGCGACUGGCCAGGAUGUCGGCGAAUGGUUGAACCCGGGCGAGGUGCUCCUUGAAGCGGUUCUAUCUGACCUCGAGCGCCGACAUUCGACCUCCCUUGCAGCCGGUGCGAGACCGCGAGUGCUGCACUUGGGACCUGGUGUCUCGAAGCUGGGUACGAAAUUGUGUGAGAUGUUUGUUGAGCGGGGAUGGGUGGGUAAUGGGAUUGUCAAUGUGGACUUUUCCGCCGAAGCCGUUCGUCUUGGCCAGGAAUACGAGAGCAAAAAAGAGGUAAACGAUGCCAUGAUGCACUGGCAGCAAGCAGACCUACGCUCCUGGACAGACAUGUCCAGCCUUUCCCCCUCUGCGCCGUUCGACGUGAUCCUGGAUAAAAGCACCAGCGAUGCCAUUUCCACAUCCCCGGAUCAAACCUACUCCCCAUCAUCCGAUGUGUCUACUACCUGUCCGAUCGUCAAUGAAAUAGUCACGAGCCAAAACAGAGAGAUUGCAUUUUCCCCGGUUGAACUGUUGGGCUUGCAUCUCGUGCCAUUGACACAAAAGGGAUCUACGUGGAUUGUUCUAUCCUAUUCGACGAUGCGCUUUGACAAUAUCCCUCAUGUUUCUGUGUAUUGGGAUGUUGUCUCGCGGACGCCUAUGGAAGCGCCGGCGGGUAACGUUUCUUCUGCGGCGCAUGCUCCCAAGGUCUUUCACUGGGUUUACAUUCUGCAACGAAAGUGA